AUUAUAUCUUCGGUAUUCUAUCCCUUUCUGAGUGUCUUCGCGUGUGUUGGCCUCUUUGAUUCCAUUGCUCAUCAGAGGGCUCCGGUCAACACCGUCGGCCAAGACCCGAACCCUCUCUCUCUCUCUCUCUUUCUCUCUCUUCAUUUCUCUCUAAUAUUCCCAGAAAAACCCUAAAAUUUACUAAUAAGAAAUUUCCUCAUUUUCUUCCCUAAAUUCUGCAAUUCCAAAGUCAACCGUCCCAAUCCAAUUUCAAAUUAUCGAUCUCCACGCCCCUCUUCUCUUUCACUCAACUCUUCGAGCCGCGGAGCUAUGUCGUCCGAGAUCGAGGUCGUCGAGGAGGUCCAAUCCACCAAUCAUAAUCAAUCGCCGCCCUCAGCUUCCAGCGACGUCCCGGAAGAGAGUCUCCGCAACGACGUGUACGCCGCCGCGGCGUACGGGGAUCUAGAGAAGCUGCAGAGGCUGGUGGAGCGUAAGGGAUGCAGCGUGUCGGAGCCUGAUGGGCUUGGCUACUACGCACUCCAGUGGGCGGCUCUCAACAACCGCACUGCGGCAGCUCAGUACAUCAUUGAGCAUGGGGGAGAUGUGAAUGCCACGGAUCAUACUGGCCAGACAGCAUUACAUUGGAGUGCAGUUCGAGGUGCUAUUCAGGCUGCGGAGCUUUUACUCCAAGAGGGUGCCCGACUGAACGCUGCUGAUAUGAAUGGAUAUCAGACAACCCAUGUUGCUUCUCAAUAUGGUCAGACAGCUUUCAUUUACCACAUUGUUUCAAAAUGGAAUGCUGACCCCGAUGUUCUUGAUAAUGAUGGAAGAAGCCCCUUGCAUUGGGCUGCUUACAAAGGUUUUGCUGAUUGUAUACGUCUUCUAUUAUUUCUUGAUGCACAUAGAGGACGACAAGACAAAGAGGGUUGCACUCCUCUUCAUUGGGCUGCUAUUAGGGGUAACUUGGAGGCUUGUACUGUCUUGGUACAGGCUGGCAAGAAGGAAGACCUGAUUGUGACUGAUAAUACAGGCCUUACACCAGCACAACUAGCUUCUGAUAAGAAUCACAGACAAGUUGCUUUUUUCCUUGGAAAUGCCCGGAGGCUGCUUGACAAACGCUGUGAUGGGAACAGUCGUCUUGGGAAGAUUUCCAAAUUAGGACUUGCUCCCAUACUUUGGUGUAUAAUUUUUCUGCUCUUGGUCACAUAUAUUCAUUCCGUCAUAUUGGCAACAAAUCUGCCAAAGCUGACAGCUGCAACUGGCCUUCUUGCAUGGCUUGGAGUUUUACUUGCAACUGUUGGAUUGGCUAUGUUUUACAGGUGUAGCAGCAAGGAUCCAGGUUUCAUCAGAUUAAAUAAGAGUGACACACAGAAUAUGAAAGAUGAUGAGCCUCUAUUGAAGAUUGAGAUAAAUAAUCCUGCUUUGCUAGCUGGAAAUUGGUCCCAGCUCUGUGCAACAUGCAAGAUUGUCAGGCCUCUUCGUGCAAAACACUGUUCUACUUGCGACCGCUGUGUGGAACAAUUUGACCACCAUUGUCCUUGGGUUUCCAACUGCAUUGGGAAGAAGAACAAAUGGGAUUUCUUUGUCUUUCUUGUUCUUGAAGUUUCAGCAAUGAUAAUAACCGGUGGAGUUACUCUUUCAAGGGUGUUAACCGAUCCAAUGGCUCCUUCCUCAUUUGGAGCAUGGCUUCAGUAUGUUGGCAAGGAACACGUUGGUGCAAUAUCAUUUAUAAUUGCUGAUUUUUUCCUCUUUUUUGGCGUGUUUGCUUUGACUUUUGUUCAGGCUAGUCAGAUUUCGCGCAAUACUACAACAAAUGAAAUGGCAAACGCAAUGCGGUAUAGCUACCUCAGAGGUCCAAAUGGUAGAUUCAGAAACCCAUAUGAUCAUGGUUGCAAGAAGAACUGUUCUGAUUUCUUGAUCAAUGGGUACAACGAAGAUAUAAGUAUUGAUGAAUUAGGCGAUUCAGAGGAGGGUAUUGGAAUGACGAACAUCGGAAGGGGCUCGAACUUCGCAAACGGGGACUCCCAUUCUCGUUCUCAUUCUCAUUCUGAACGCACAAAUGGGCAUCAUGUUAUUAAUGUGAAUUCCAGUAGUUCCAAUCACGGUCACCGUCAUGGACAUGUUAAUGGCCAUGUUCAUUCUGCACAUUGUAGUCACAAUAACCAUGGCAAAGCCAGAAAUGAAAGCAUCCCAUUGGGCUUAGGUCUUGGCCUUGGACGGAACAGCAUAGUUGCACCCUCUUCAUGAUAUUAACACGUCCGCUUGUACCCAAUUGUAAUGAUGUAUAUCAUAGGCACACACAUCCAUGUUAGUUUUUACGUUAAUAUUCAAUUUUUUAUGGCUCUUUUCUACCA